AUGGCAGGGCUUGGCACUGGGGCAGGAGCUCCUGUCGUGAAGGUGUACCAUGAGAAAUCCAUGAUCCUGCCCGAUGUCUCAAGGGUGCUUGCUUGCCUGUAUGAGAAAAAUGUUGAGUUUGAAACUGUGAAAGACUCGUACAAGGACAUACUCAGACUCCAGUCAACGAGGAGUGUUCCAGUUCCAUUCUAUGACGGACCUAUAUUUCGACAAGAAUCAAGAGCAAUCUGCCGCUAUAUAGCAGAAACAUACGAACAGCGUGGCUAUCCUUUCCUCCUGGGAAAGGAUGUCCUUGAGAGGGCUUCCAUUGAACAGUGGCUACGGCAUGAGGAGCAUGCCUUUGAUCCUCCAAGCAGGGCAUUGUUCUGCCAUCUGGCUUUUCCUAUGCUUGAUGAAGACAUGAGUGAUAUCGACAGAGAGAAGAGAAAGCUGGAAGAAGUCCUGGAGGUCUAUGAACAAAGGCUUGGCGAGAGCGAGUUCCUUGCUGGGAACAAGUUUACUCUUGCUGACCUUGUUCACCUACCAAACACUCAUCACAUAGUGACAUCAGAAAAGUUUGCCUACCUGUAUGACUCAAGGAAGAAUGUGCAGAGGUGGUGGAAUACCAUCUCUGCUCGAGAUUCUUGGCAGCAGGUGGUGAGGGAUAUGCAAAGUGUGGAGGAGCAGAACCAAAUAGAAGAACUUGAGCAGCAGCAGCUGGAGGAGCAGUGGCAAUGGGAGACAGAACCACCACCAACAUCUGGUCGCCGCAUCUUGCGCAUAGACCCUCGACAGCAGACCGGCACCGAGUCACGAACAGUACUGGUUCCACCACCCAGCGGCGGUGCCAUAUCACCCUUGUCUUUUACAGUUCAACAGGAACAGCAACCUCUUCACACAGAAACAACCUCUCAUGGUGAAACUUCACCUAACCACAGAAAAGGAAGUAACUUCUUUACUACCACCGAUAAAACUCCAGCGCCCUCAAAGCAAAAAACCUCCACCCCUCAGAAACCACCUAGCAGUGUUGAAGGCACUAGGAGUAACUUCUUUACCCCAACUAGCCCUCCUACCUCCACCAAAGUUUCUUCAAAAAAUAAUAAUGAGAAAUCCACCUCCAAAGAUGCCUCAAAAACCUCUGACAGGGAUUUUCAAGCUCGUCAGACUGGUGAAGUAGUUGCUCCCCAUAAACUCCAUUUAGGAUCACACAAAGCCCCCCAAGAAAACAGUCCUGAUAAAUCCACUGAGAAAUCGCCUAGCAGUGUCCAAAACACUACAAGUAGCUUUUUUACUCCUGCCACCACCAAAGAUGCCUCAUCUCCAACCAUACCCAGUCAAGGAUCAUCCAAAGACAACAUUAAGGAAGCUAGAGACGCUGAUCAAAAGAGGUCUGCAUCAGCAACAACCAGGGAGCUACCAUCAGGUUCUCAAAAUACCCCUCAGCAAUCUAAAGCAGCACCUAAUCUGAAAGCUUCUGACUUGUCACCAAUGCAAGAAGAAUUUGAAGAUACUCAGGGUGAAGAUGAACGGUUCUCAACUAAGAGGCUCAGAAAAAUGAUUCAGCAAAGUGAUCCAGAAGUACUCAAACCACAGUCUACAGAUUUGCAAACCCGUCCAACACAGGAGGAAACACCUUCCAUUUCUAAGAAGCCUUUGUAUGUUCAGGACAGAAAAGGGCAAGCUGGUAACAAUCCGACUGAUGGAAAAAUUGAUGGUAUUCCAUCAACUGGCACAAGAGAUCCUGGCACUCCAUCAACUGGGACAAGUGAUCCUGGCACUCCAACUACUGCUGAUGCAAGGAGAGCAACUACACCACCAAAAGGAGGAGUUGAUCCUGAUGGUCGUGGUGCCACUGAGCCACGAAAAUUACAAUCCAUCAAUGAGCAACAACCAGCUCCACCAAUGCCAAACCGAUCACAAACAAGUAGUGCUCGGGGUGCUUCUGCAUCAUCAAAAGGAGCUGCUCAAGAUGAUGACUUAGCCCAGUCAAACAUUGAUCAAUGGAGGCACACGUCUACUCCUGCAAACCAAGAAGGAGCUCCAGAUGUUGCUAUCACUGAUAAGUUGGACAAAGCAGCAGACAAAAGAGCACAGACACAGGCUCCAAACAAAACCUCGACCGGCCAGUCGGACAAGAUCGCUAUGCAGACACCACGACGUACAACUACCACAUCAGACCAAGCUCCAGUGUCACCUUUUUCUGCUGAUAGAAGGAAGACAGGUAUUGAUGAAGCCAGUCAAACUACCAAGGUAGCACCUGAUGGGCAGCCUGCUGGGAGAGCUCCUACGAAUUCUGUGAAUAAGCCGAUAUCUCCCAAGGAUAAUGGCAAGUUAACUAAAGAAACCGUAUAUUAUAGCAGCUCAGAAAUAUCCAGAGAAAUGGCACCACCAGGCUCCGAAACGAGCAUGGGACAGCAGAAAAUGCAAAGUGAUAAGUCCAGUAUAUCACUGCAAGCCAAUGGGAAGCAAGGUUCUGAAGCUGCACUUCUCACAAAUACUGAUCAAAACACUGGGAAAACUUCAGGACAAGAUUUACAAGAGUCUCAGAAACAAAUCUCCCCUGAUACUCAGCAAAUGAAAAACAACAGAAGCAACAGCACAUUGGAUGGCUCAAGCAAACCCACCCAAUUUGAUGGCAAUGAAGGUGAUGUCCGUGAGACACAGAGAGGUGGCUAGUAAACCAAACUAUAGCACGCCUCUGUCAGGUCAUCUUGUUGCAGCUUCUUCAUUGUGGUCUUAUCUACCCCACCACUUCAACAUGCUCGUCAAUAAGGUCCAUUAUAUCUUGUCACCUUUGGACCAGCCAUGCCAGCUACUGUUGUGUACUCCACCUUUUGUACUGCUAUUCUUAUUCAGUGGUGCAUUCUGUACUGUUCUUUUGCCGAACAGUGACUUGUUUAGAUACCUUACGUUAGACUCAUUUCGAAUAAUGUGAAUGUGAUAUUUGUUCUCCACAGGAACCACAUCUCUUUGUAUUUAUCCAUAUGAUUUCAUCGCU